AUGAGCUUCCCCUCGUCCAAGCACACGCCAAAUCCCUCCGACAUCCAGCCUCCGCAAGCGCAGCAGUCGACCUCACGCGCCUCGAGGCCAGCACGCCGCGGCCUUCCUCCCCUCUCGACCCAGGCCCUGUCUGCGGCAACCUCGCCCGCAACGCGCCAUAUUCUUAGUCGCGACUCGUCUGUCUCGUCGACGUCGUCUGUGCUGUCCCCCACGCAGCAUCAGCAUCAGCAACAGCGCGCCGUCUCGAGUGGCCUCACCUCUACACCCUCCUCGGCGACGCUACCACCAGCUCCCCCAUCCGGUGGCAGGAGGUUCGCUAGAGCUUCUCAGCAGUCGCAGUCUGUGUCUGCUUCCCCAAUCUCGGCUCAUUCGUCGGCCGCGCCAUCUGGACAAUUGACCAGCUUGGUCAUCACCCAGCUGAACAUCUUGCUGAGUACGCUCAAAGACGACAAGAAGUGGGACACACAGGCCGAAAAGAUACAGAAGUUGGUGGAUGCGCACGGAAUGGACGUGUCGACAACAUAUUUCCGGAGGCUGUUGCAGAGCAAUGCUGCUCUCAUCUUCUCCCCCCACCAAAAUGCUCAGCGCUCCGCAGCAGACAGUGGAAGCUAUCCGCUACUUGUUGGCGAGAUGCAGAAACUGACGCGCCUGCCCUCGCAAGCUGCAAAGAUCGCUGAUGCUCUCGACACGACCAGCGACGGCGACGUCUUCAAGGACUUCGACCUGUCGACCUUCAUGGACCACUUUAGACUGGACCCGACAGCAAAGGUCACUCUGGCGCUUGCCUGCAAGCUGGUCUCCAAGCAAGACAUCAAGACAAAGGCCGAUGCCAUACUCAGCAACAAUUACUCCCCCUUCCUCGAAGCCAUCGCAAACCCCACCGCCGACGACAUCACCUCCUCCUUCCUCUCCAGCAUCCUCUUCCGUCUAAUCCUCGACCCCCCUCGGCAAUGGAACAAAGAUGCUCAGGAUCACCUCCUUGCCAGCUUGAAUGAUCGCUUCUCGAAGCUUCGCAUCUACCCCUCGAGCGAAGUCAGCGCCUUCAUCGCCUUCAUGGACCUGAUUCCAACCAACACUGCCCUCAUCCGGCCCAUACAAAGGGAAGGUGUCAGGGCCACAUCCUCAGUCGAAAGCUGCAAAGACGUUCUGGCCAAAAUUGACCACAUCUCGUCGCAGUCUGUCGCUGUUGCGCUGGCGUACAUGCUCCUCUCAGACGAGUCUUACGACAUCGGCGUCUUCGUUGCCGCCGUCCGCCAGCACCCCCAGGCCCAACAGAUGGAUUGGUACGCUAUUGUCAAGACCUUUGACAUGGCUCUUAUGCGCAUCACAAAGACGCAGUUCUUGGCCCUUUACAACGCUAUACUCCCCAUUGCUCGCGAGACCGAAUCUUUCGACAUUCAGUGCUUGUGGGGCGGUUCAUGGCUCUCGACGAACGCGCAGCUGUCAUUUGUCACCGCCUUCUUGUCAUGUUCGCCGCAUGAACUCGACGCUUCACAGAUUCCCCGUCUGCGGGCAGCUUUCUCUCUGGAUGAGUUCGCUGACGCCUCUGAUGAAGUCAAGGCCUACGCCGAAAAGGCUGUCAGACACCCGAUGGUGUCCCUCGAAGCUACCAAGUUCUUAUUCCAUGUCAUCUUCCAGUCGCAGGACGCAUACAAUCAGGCACAGAAUCUCGGAAUCCCGGAAAUCGUUAUCAACGCCAACACGGACAUUUUCGUAUGUGCUGCCUCUGCUUGCGAGAAACCGUGGGCUGCUCUGCAGGAAAUGGCCCUCAACCAGCUCUUCCGCCCCUUCUUCCACAAGUCUUUGCCCAACUAUGACUUUGUUCUGCACGCCCUCUGGAAGCACGAUAAAUCUUGGCUAGCUAGCAAGUUGGUCGAGGCGUACAAUGCCGACCCGACCUUGCUGGCUGUCAUUUUCGAGCACGCUCGCCAUCAUGCAUGGACUGAUACACUUCUACAGAUCACAAACGAAUUUGGUCUGGACCUCGCUGCUUAUGGACAUGGUCAGGGCGAGGUCGACUUGGAAGUAUGGGCACGAGGCCAUCUUGAAAUUUCGCCUCAACAGCUCGCUGGAGCUAUAGUCAACUUUCUGCGUAUUAAGGCUGAAGACGAACAGUUGGUUCAGCGCGACAACCCACACCAACUUGUGCCCUUGAAGGUCAAGACGGUAUAUGCUCUGCUCAACGUCAUCCAUGGUCACCUCAGCGACGAGGAUAUCGGCGCUGUUCAACGUGUCUGUCUUCAGGUCUAUCCUCGUCUGAUCAACUACGGCUUCAACUUUGACCACGUCAUUGACGCCAAUGGCGAGAACGGCAACUCUCUUUCCGAGGAUGCGGACGCUAAGAUGCAAGAACAAUACAAGAUGAUGUACAGCAACGAAGUCGAUCCCAGAGGCAUGAUUGAGCGCCUUCAACAUCUCAAGGAGUCUGACUCGGCGGCUGACCAAGACUUGUUUGCUUGCAUGAUUCACGGUCUGUUCGACGAGUACAACUGCUUUGGCGAAUAUCCGCUGGAAGCUCUGGCAACGACUGCUGUUCUUUUUGGAGGAAUCAUCAACUAUGGUGUGCUGUCUUCUCGUGUCACUCUUGGCGUUGCUCUGUUUAUGGUCUUGGAUGCCGUUGCGGAUUACUCUCCAGAGGACUCCAUGUACAAGUUCGGCCUCCAAGCUCUACUCCAUUUCAUCAACCGUCUCGAAGAAUGGCCCAGCUUCUGUACUCGUCUUAUUGCAAUCCCUCACCUUCGUGGAACCGAGGUGUAUGCCAAGGCUGAAGAAGUUGUACGUCAUCAGCCUGGCGUCGACACACAUUCCGACCCCCCGCUCGACUUGUCAAUGCCACCGAACGGCACUCUCGAUGACUUCCCUCUCGAGCCUCAGUAUCCUGCGUUCCGCAGCGUUCAUGCAGAAGCACCGCUUAGACCUGAGCUUUACGAGGAACCUGAUGAGGAGACUUCAGACAAGGUUAUGUUCGUCCUUAACAACGUUUCUAAGCAUAACAUUGAAGAGAAGUUCCAAGAUUUGGAAUCGGCUCUGGAAGAGCGCCAUCAUCAAUGGUUUGCCAACUACUUGGUCGAGGAUCUUGCCAAAGCUCAACCCAACUUCCAGGGUCUUUACUUGCAGAUCUUGACGAUGUUUGAUGAGAAGAUUCUUUACGCUGAAGUGCUGCGGGAGACGUACAGUAGUGUGUCCAGGAUCCUGAAUGCCGAAGCGACCAUGAACAACCCCCAAGAUCGUACCAACUUGAAAAAUCUUGCUGCUUGGCUGGGAAUGCUCACCCUAGCUCGCGAUCAACCCAUUCUGCACCGCAACCUCUCUUUCAAAGACCUCCUGAUCGAAGCUCACCAAAGUCAGCGUCUGCUUAUCGCCAUUCCCUUUACCUGCAAGGUUCUCUCGCAAGCCAAGGACUCAAAGGUGUUCAGACCACCACAGCCGUGGUUGAUGGAACUCAUCAGUUUCUUGGUGGAGCUAUACGAAUACGCCGAACUAAAACUCAACCUCAAAUUCGAGAUUGAAGUAUUGUGUAAGGACUUGGGUCUUGACCACAAAUCAGUUGAGCCUGCCUCAAUCAUCCGCACUCUGCCUCUUCAGAUGGACCCCGACAUGAUGCCAACAUACCCGACUGACACAAUGGACGGAUUCGGUGACAUGCAUCUCAUGUCUCUAUCUAAGAGAGCCCCGAGCGAACGUUUCUCUUCUCAAGAUGUCCUCAAGUCUCUUCCCGAUCUCGGUGCUAUGCUCAACUAUCCUCCCUCGUCAGGUAGCAUCUCUCAUGCUCAGCUCAAGAACAUUUUCCUCGAGGCUGCUCAGCGUGCUAUCACCGAGAUCAUCGCACCGGUCGUCGAACGCUCAGUCACAAUUGCUGCUAUCUCUACGACGCAGCUUGUGGAGAAGGAUUUCGCCAUGGAGGGUGAUACCGAUCGUCUCGCUUCAAGCGCCCACAACGUGGUAAAGGCACUCUCAGGAAGUCUCGCACUUGUUACCUGCAAGGAGCCCCUACGUAUGAGUAUCUCCAACAACAUUCGCAUACUAGCUGCUCAAAACUUGCGAGAGCCACUUCCAGAAGGCUCGAUUCUCAUGUUCGUCAAUGACAACCUCGAUACUGUGUGCAAGCUUGUCGAAGAUGCCGCGGAAUCUCAGUCAAUGGCAGAGAUUGAUGCUCAGAUUCAGGAAGCUAUGGAUCGCCGCAGAAAACACCACGAGCAGCGUACGAGCGAGCCUUUCAACUACCCCAUUGUUAGCCGAUGGGCAUUCUUCAUUCCUGAUCCCUAUAGACAGGAGCCUGGAGGCCUGAACACUCAGCAGAUGGCCAUCUAUGAGGACUUUGGUCGUCAAAUGCGUUUACCCGCCGCUCCUCACGCUAGUGCAGUACCACAGGAUAACACCCGCCAGCUACAGGAACUUACCGAGAAUUACUUGACCAACCUGCCAACUCCUGCCGAGGCCCCAGCCAUACCUAGGCAAGGACAACAGCAGCAGCGUGUUGUACCCGCUCAAGGCCAGACCAAUGGGUACAUGAGCACCGAUGUCAUCAUAGGUCAUGUCUUUGAGGCUUUGGCCGACCUUCAACGCGUCGCCCACGAAGCACCUGAAGAGCACAUUGGCGAAAUAGGACCCAGUUCGCCUGUGCGUGAAGCUUAUGCGCAGUUGAUGCGUAUGAUUGAAAGUUCUCCCGACAAGGAGCAGCUAGCUCUUGCCACUGUACAAAGAGCAACCUUGUUCGCAUACACCAAGUCGGAGAGCCGUCUCGAGAUUGAGGUCUUCGUUGAGGUCUUGAACCACCUCUGCCUGAUUUCGGUCACGACUGCUCGUAACUUGACCAUCUAUCUGCAGUCUAUCAACGAUGACAAGGUAUACAAUGGUCCGGUUACUGUCUGCCUGCUUAAGACGGGGCUGCUCGAUAUCCACCAUGUCGAUUUGCAGACUUCUCAGGCGAUCAUGCAGAAGAAGGUUGUCGCUGUAGAGUUCCUCGGUGCUCUUAUCGACGAACUGAUUCUCAACGAGAACCCGGCCGCUCUUCGCGCGGACUUCGUCCUCUCCUUUGGCGCACUUGGUCAAUGGCUCUCCGAAGAUCCCAGCGUGGACAUGGGCAAGGAGAUCCUCAAGAAACUUCUGGAUGUGUCAAACGGAACAGCUCCACCUAGCCCACCUGCUUCAGAGAAGCAAGACCAACUCGAGUACGUUUUUGAGGAGUGGGUCCGCCUGCAAAGACCCGAAGUCCCCGAGCGAUACAUGGUAGCAUUCAUCCAGCAGCUGCAGAGCCGUAGCUUGCUCAGCAACCAGGAGGAGUUCUCCGCCUUCUUGCGUGUCUGCAUUGUGAUGUCGCUCGACUGCUUCGAACGUGAGGCUCUCACCUACGGCAGCCUCGACCAUGCUUACAUCCAUGUCGAUGCUCUUGCCAAGUUGAUCGCAUCGUUGGUCACAUACCAGAGCGAGGGCGAAGGCGUUCUUUCAGGAAGCAAGCCUGACUAUCUCAAGGCAAUCCUUGGUCUGCUUGUUUUGGUCAUGAACCACCACCAGACCUCACGUUCUUCCGAGCGCUUCAACGACAGAAUCUUCUUCAGACUCUUGUCCAGUCUUCUGUGCGAGCUAUCAAGCUUCAGAGCUCAACUGGGCGACGACUUCCAGGACGUCAUCCUUAUCUUCGGCAAGGCUUUCUUGGCCCUGCAACCAAGAUUCUUCCCCAUGUUCACCUUUUCUUGGUUGGCACUUAUCAGCCACCGAAUGUUCGUGCCCGAGGUCAUGAGAUCAGCGGAUAGAAAGGGCUGGGAUGUCUACCUCCAGAUCCUUCAAGUGCUUUUCAGCUUCCUGGGAGAUCUGGUUAGCACUCAGGAGAUUUCGAUCCAUGCAGCAGAGUUCUACCGUGGUGUUCUGCGUGUUCUUCUCAUCCUGCAACACGAUUUCCCUGAGUUCCUCACAGAGAACCACAUGCGCCUCAACAGUAGUGUGCCUGCUGGUCUUCUCCAAUUGCAGAAUGUCAUCAACUGUGCAUACCCUUCAUCGUUCCAAGAGCUCCCUGAUCCGUUCACUCCGGGUCUGAAGAUGAAUCGCCUGGAACAAAUUCGCCAGUUGCCACAUUUGCGUGGCGGGCUGGAGGCUGUUUUGUCAGAGGCAGGUAUCGAUAUCGCCAUUGACAACCUGCUCAAGGGUAAGGACAUCAAGGAUGACGAUAUCAAGGCUGUCAUUGAUGGCAUUGACAACGAAGGCAAGCCUGAUGCCCUCAUCGCCAAUGCAUUGAUCUUGCAGAUUGGCAACACUGCCACUGCAGGCUCCUCGGUCUUCUCGCCAUCUGCCACACCUGCCAAGAUAAUUGAGCGUCUCCUCCACGAAUCGCGCCAUGAAGUGCGAUACCAAUUCCUCAGCGCGAUCACCAACCAGAUCCGCUAUCCUAACGCCCACACCCACUACUUCUCAACCGCAUUACUUCACCUCUUCACCGUCAGCUCCGAGGAGCUUCAGCAGCAGGUUGCCAGAGUCUUGGUCGAGCGUGUCAUGUCGGCCAGACCUCAUCCUUGGGGACUUCUCGUGACCGUCUUGGAGCUUGUCAAGAACAACUCAUACAAUAUCUGGGAGCUUGGCUGGAUGAAGGCCGCUCCCGAGGUUGAGAGAAUGAUGCUCAACGUAGCACACAGUUCGGGACUCGCACAGAGCCCGCGUGCCAUGACUUAG